AGUUGAGACUUCUUAGGUGAGCCGUGAGCUUGGUGCCUCAAAUCAAGUUUGGUGAAAGAUUGGUAAUGGGACACAGUAUAAGCAUUUUUGCCCAGGAUUCACCCCUUUUUUUAUGUUAAAAAAAGUUACAUAUUUAAUUCCAUGAAUCUAAGACUGUAAUUUAAUAUAAACUAAAAUAUUAAAGAAAAAACUAUCCACAGAAUAAUCGGGGAUUUAAUUUAUUAGAAAAAAAGGGGGAAAAUAGUAAAAUAAAACCAUAAAUUUGUGUGGGGGUAUUGCAUUAGCCAAUAGGAGACAUACGCGUGUGGGUAGUUAGUUAUGGUUCCCAUGCUUCAUAUCUCUUUUCUCCUCUGCCUGGAAAUCAUUUUCCCCUGAAAUAGGUUAUUUUAAUCAAAAUAAAUAAAUUAUCAAGGUCAAUUAUUAGUGACCAAUUAUAUAACAUAUACAUUAAAAAUAUCAGUUAAUAUUAAAAAUGAGUUAGAUAAUAUAUAUUUAUAUUUGUUACGGCCCGGCCUAAGGAACCGACGGGUCGAUCCGGCCCGAGCUCCACCCGACCCGGUUCCGCGUCCUUCAAACGAUCCGGACACGUGUCCUAUGCGACCUACACGCGGCUGCAGGACAACGUCCUUGAGAAUACGGGCCUGUCCUCAUGAGGGGCCCACUACUGACAUGUAUAUAAAGGGAAGAUUGGCUCUUCCCCCGAGGUACGUCACCCCUUCUAUGUCAUUUUUCCCCCGCCUGCGCACUAGUUGACUUGAGCGUCGGAGUGUCUUUGCAGGUGGCACCCCCCUCUCAUCACCUCUCCAGGACAAGUGCUCGUCUGCUCGGCAAACCCGCAACCAACGCGACCAAAGCUAAGGCGUCCUCACCCGUUCACUUGUACACCCGAUCUGUCCGGAACCCGACAUCCGAACAUUGGCGCCGUCUGUGGGGACUCCUGCCUAAAUGGAAGUCGUGCUGGGUCCCGGCGACCAAGCUCGAGCAGCCGGAGCGGAGGGGGCAGCCUCCGUCGCCUCGCUGAGGGGGCGGCGGAGGUCCCCCCAACAACACACGAGAACACGACCAUUCGGGGGAACGGGCGGCGAUAGCGCCAUAAUAAUGCAGGAGCUACGCCACAGAGUCCAGAACCUAGAACGACAGCUGGCCGAACGGGAGCGGGAUGGACGAUCCACCGAUCCCAGCUAUACCCCAUCUCCCGGGAGCGAGGAGGAAGACUCUCACCGAAGCCGCCCGCGGCGUGCAUCCGCAUCCCGGACGGAAGCGGAGAGCACGCGGGAGGAGUCACCCAUAAUGAGAAGACGAAAUGACACGAUCAUCUACUCCCGCGGCGGACCGACUCGCCGAGCGGCAAGAGGUCGCGAAGACGGGGAGGGGAGAUCCGAGAGAACACGACAACCCGUGAUAAUGGGCGUCACCCCGUUCCACCGAUCUAUCCUCGAGGUCCGGUUGCCGAAACACUUCGACAAACCAACGGACAUGAGGUACGACGGAACUCAAGACCCUCUAGAACACCUCACGGCCUUCGAGGCCAGGAUGAAUCUAGAAGGAGUUGGGGACGAAGUAAGAUGCCGCGCCUUCCCGGUAACCCUAGCAGGGCCAGCGAUCAGAUGGUUUAACGGCCUCCCACAAGGUUCCAUAUACAGUUUCUCAGACAUCAGCCGUGCAUUCCUGGCCCAAUUCACAACGCGGAUCGCGAAGGCCAAGCACCCUAUCAACCUUCUAGGGGUAACCCAGAGACAAGGAGAACCGACGAGGAGGUACUUAGAUCGGUUCAACGACGAAUGCUUGGAAAUCGACGGCUUAACCGACUCGGUGGCCAGUCUCUGCCUAACAAACGGCCUCCUGAACGAGAACUUCCGAAAACACCUUACCACGAAACCGGUUUGGACGAUGCAUGAGAUCCAGACGGUAGCCAAGGAGUAUAUAAACGACGAGGAAGUCAGCCGAGUCGUGGCUGCCAAUAAGCGGCAGUCCGGGUACGGCCAAGCUCGGCAACCAGGUGACGGAGGGAGAUCAAAAGAAACGGCCAGGGAGGAGGCAUCAAACAAGGCACCUAGACCGUUCCCUCGGGUCGGGAAAUUUACUAACUACACUCCACUCACUCUCCCCAUCGUGGAAGUCUAUCAGCAAAUAGCUGAGAAGGGAAUCCUACCGAAACCCCGACCACUUAAGGACCGUACGGGGGGAAAUAAGAACCUCUAUUGUGAUUAUCAUAAGGGUUAUGGCCAUCAAACACAGGACUGUUUUGACCUGAAGGAUGCACUAGAACAAGCGAUAAGGGAAGGAAAGCUAGCCGCGUUCUCCCACCUCAUCAGGGAGCCGAGAAGACGUUAUCGGGAUCAAGACGAAGAAGGCAAAACCCGAUCGGCCAAACGGCGACAAGAACCCGAAAACAGAGACCACGGCUUCACUGUGAUAAACGUGGUAACGGCCAAAAACGCCGCGCCGAAAUCCCGGUCGGCACACAGGAAAGACGCUAAGGUUCUGACGAUCUCAUCCCCGCCGGUGCAAAACUCUAAGAAGCCUCCCUCCAUCUCUUUCGGCCCGGAAGACCAAUGGUUCAACGAUGCCCCGGAAAACCCCCCCAUGGUCAUUACGGCCAGAGUGGGAACCGGCCUCGUCAAGCGGAUCCUUGUCGACACAGGAGCUGAUUCAAAUAUCAUGUUCCGCAACGUGUUCGAUGCACUAGGGCUAAAGGAUGCCGACCUGACGACUCACCAACACGGGGUUAUUGGGUUGGGCGACCACUUCAUCAAACCGGACGGAGUAAUAUUCCUACCAAUCUCGGUGGGGCAAGCCCGAGGCCGAAGAUCGGCGAUGGCCGAAUUCGUAAUCCUCCGAGAUUCCACUGCCUACAACAUCAUCUUGGGAAGAAAAACAAUCAACGAUUUCGAAGCCAUAAUCAACACAAAGCUGCUAGUCAUGAAGUUCGUUACCGAUGACGGAUCCAUAGGGACCAUAAGGGGGGACCUCGAGACGGCGGUCGCUUGUGACAACGCCAGCCUCUCCCUUAGAAAGAAGUCCAAGGAAGCAUCCGGUGUGUUCCUAGCCGACCUUGAUGCCAGGGUGGACGACAAGCCGAGGCCAGAACCAGAAGGGGAUCUGGAGAAGUUUAGAAUCGGUGACGACGUGGAAAAGUUCACAUUCGUUAACAGGAACCUCCCACAUGAGUUGAAGGAGCCUUUGAUCGAAAUGAUAAGAGCCAACAAGGACUUGUUCGCCUGGACUCCAGCCGACAUGCCGGGCAUAGACCCAAAAAUCAUCUCGCAUCAUCUAGCCGUCAAAGCGGAAGCACGCCCAGUGUCCCAACGAAGGAGAAAGAUAUCGGCGAAAAGAGCAGAGGAGGUGGCCAGGCAGACGGCCAGCCUCCUAGAAGCAGGCUUCAUACGGGAAGUAGACUACUCGACAUGGCUCUCGAAUGUGGUAUUGGUGAGAAAAUACAACGGCAAGUGGAGAAUGUGCGUGGACUAUUCUGACCUUAACAAAGCAUGCCCCAAAGAUUGCUUCCCCCUCCCUAACAUAGAUGCACUCGUCGAUGCUGCGGCGGGAUAUCGGUAUCUAAGUUUCAUGGACGCCUACUCCGGUUACAAUCAGAUACCGAUGCACCGUCCUGACGAAGACAAGACGGCGUUCAUAACGCCGGGAGGAACUUUCUGCUAUAAGGUAAUGCCAUUUGGCUUGAAAAAUGCGGGGGCAACAUAUCAAAGGUUGAUGAACAGGAUAUUCCACGACCUCAUAGGAAAAACAGUUAAAGUCUACGUGGACGACAUCCUGGCAAAAACAACACGACCUGACGACCUCUUGAACGACCUGGCGGGUGUAUUCGCGUCCCUCCGUCAACACGGUAUGAGGCUGAAUCCCCUCAAGUGCGCCUUCGCCAUGGAAGCCGGCAAGUUCCUGGGAUUUAUGAUAACUCAGAGAGGGGUAGAAGCUAACCCGGAGAAAUGCCAGGCAAUACUCCAGAUGAAGAGCCCGGGUUGCUUCAAAGAUAUCCAGAGGUUGGCAGGGCGGUUGACCUCAUUAUCCCGAUUUCUCGGAGCUUCGGCAACAAAGGCCCUGCCAUUCUUUAACCUCAUGAAGAAAGGGAUGGCGUUUGAGUGGACGCCCGCAUGUGAAGAGGCCUUUCGGCACUUCAAGGAAAUCCUGCCGGCACCACCCGUCCUCGGGAAGCCAAAGGACGGGGAACCACUAUACCUGUACCUCGCCAUAACAGGUGAAGCCCUGGCCGCAGUUCUGGUACGGGAGGACGGGAAAGCUCAACAGCCAGUCUAUUUCAUAAGCAGGGCCUUGCAAGGGGCAGAGUUAAGGUAUAGCAAGUUGGAAAAGCUAGCCCUAGCAGUUCUAACUUCCUCACGAAGGUUAAAGCAGUACUUCCAAAGUCACCAAGUUGUCGUCAGAACGGACCAAGGGAUCCGGCAAGUACUCCAAAAACCCGACCUGGCGGGAAGAAUGAUGACUUGGUCCAUCGAACUCUCCCAGUACGACAUACGAUACGAACCCCGGCAAGCCAUCAAGGCGCAGGCGAUGGCGGAUUUUCUAGUAGAAGUAACGGGAGAUCCAAGCGAAGAAGUGAGUACACGGUGGAAGCUCCAUGUGGACGGAGCCUCCAACCAGACCUUCGGAGGUGUCGGGAUCAUCUUGGAAAGCCCGGUUGGGGUUGUAUACGAACAGUCGGUCAGAUUCGAGUUUCCCAUCUCGAACAACCAGGCAGAAUAUGAAGCCCUUAUAGGAGGCUUAACCCUAGCAGCAGAAGUCGGCACAAGAAGACUAGAAAUAUGCAGCGACUCCCAAGUCGUCGCCUCCCAAGUAAACGACAGCUACCAGGCCAAAGAUCAUUUGCUACAGAAGUACUUGGAAAAGGUUAAGAGCUUGAGCCAAAAGUUCGAAGAGGUCACGGUCCACCACGUACCUAGAGAAAGGAACACACGGGCAGACCUACUAUCAAAGUUAGCCAGCACAAAGCCGGGAGAAGGGAACCGGUCUCUCAUCCAAGGCAUGACGAGAGAACCAGCAGUCACGCUGCACGUGACAAGCCUAGGUCCUUCAUGGCUAGACCCCAUCACCGACUUCCUAGAACACGGUGAACUCCCUAGUGACGAAAGGGACGCGGCGAAAUUGAGAAGGGAAGCGGCCAAAUACACCGUCAUCCAAGGACAGUUAUUCAGGAAAGGGCUCAACCAACCCCUACUGAAGUGCCUACACCCCGAUCAGACGGACUACGUCCUCAGGGAAGUCCACGAGGGCUGCUGUGGGCACCACAUCGGAGGCAAGGCCCUAGCGAGGAAAUUGAUCCGAGCCGGAUACUAUUGGCCAUCAAUGAUGGCGGACUCCAAAGAGUUUGUCAAAAAAUGCGUAAAGUGCCAACAGAACGCCAACUUUGCCAGGGCGCCGGCCUCCGAAUUAAGCUUGCUGACGACCUCCCGACCAUUCUCUCAAUGGGGAGUCGACCUCUUAGGGCCCUUCCCAGUCGGCCCGGGGCAAGUCAAAUACCUCAUAGUCGCAAUCGACUACUACACCAAAUGGAUAGAAGCCGAGCCGCUAGCCAACAUAUCCUCGUCCAAUUGCAGGAAAUUCAUGUGGAGGCAGGUGAUAACGCGAUUCGGGAUACCGGAGGUCGUCAUCUCGGACAACGGCACGCAAUUUACUGACAAAAAGUUCACGGAAUUCCUCAAUGGCCUGGGCAUAAAGCAAAGGUUCUCUUCGGUGGAACACCCUCAGACGAACGGACAAGUGGAGUCCGCCAACAAGAUUAUCCUCUCAGGGCUAAAAAAGAGGUUGGACAAUAAGAAGGGUGCUUGGGCCGACGAACUAGUGUCGGUUCUCUGGUCCUACCGAACAACUGAACAAUCCUCCACUAAGGAAACUCCUUUCCGACUAGCGUACGGGGUGGACGCGGUGAUACCCGUAGAGAUCGGUGAACCGAGUCCACGGUUGCUUUUGAAAGGAGUGGAAGAAACCGUGGAAAAAGACCUGAUAGAUGAAGCCCGGAAAAUGGCCCACUUGACAGAAACAGCACUGAAACAAAGAAUGGCUCUGCGCUACAACACCAAAGUGCUCAAGAGGGAAUUCGAGUCGAACGACCUCGUCCUGAGGCGAAACGAUAUCGGCCUACCGACCCCCGGAGAAGGCAAGCUAGCGGCGAACUGGGAAGGCCCCUACAGGGUCAAAAAAGCGAUGGGAAAAGGAGCCUUCAAGUUAGAAAGGCUUGACGGCAAAGAAGUCCCGAGAACAUGGAACGCGGACAACCUAAGAAGAUUCUACUCCUAGAGGAUGGCCCGACAAACCGACCAAUCUAGCUAAGUUGUUCAUUUAAGUUUUGAACUUUUCAUAGCGACUUACGAGUCUUUUACACAAUUACCGAAUAAGAUAUACUUGUGCAAAUUUUCUCUUCUGUUUUGUCACUCAAUUCUCCAGAUAAACCGUCCCACCACGACCAACGACGACGCGCGACCCCGGGACUGAUCACCCCGGGAACCCGUCAACUACCGCUGUAACUUGACUACGCGAAAGGCCACGGGCCGUUAAUAUAAAUGACGACAACAAACCAAAAACGGUUAAUAAAAAUGAUAACACGACCAGACGAAUAAGAAAAAGCUUAUCACGACAACACGAGCAAACGACUAAAAAGGUCAUUGUUCACAAGCCAAAACGGCUAAAAAGGUCAUUGUUCACAAAACAAAGCGGCUAAACAAAAGCUUUAAACAGAAGAUUCAUUUCUUGGGGACGUCGACAACUUUGCCAUCCUGAAUGACUUUGAGAACACCAAUCGCCGACGUAUCAAACUCGGGAGCAAUGACUUUGACCUGAGCCUUAAGAGCUUCCUCGGUCGCCAAAAUCGCACCCUUCCCCUGCUUCAAGACAUCUUUGUAUUUAGCCUUCCACGUUGCCAAUUCGGCCUCCACGGCCUGCUUUUCCUUCUCCACAUCGGCCACCCGUUUCUGCGCCGCGCCGACCUGGCUCUCCAAAGUCAUCUCACGUUCGACAAGGCGAGAAACCGUGGCGUCCGAGUCUUCUAACUUCUUCUCAGCAGUGGCAGCUUUCUUCUCGGCAGCAGUGGCCUUCUUCUCUGCGGCGUCAAGUUUCUUAUUCAAUUGGGUCAACUGCUCCCGGAGAGUCUCGACUUCACUCUUCAGCUCAUUGUUAGCCUUCCCACUAGAUUCCAACCUUCUGCGGAGGGACUCCAUCCCGGACAGCUCAAACUCGGCCUUCCGGGCUAUCACGGCGCCCCGCAAAAGAGUGCGGUACAUCCACCUCGCCUGCCCGGCAAGGGAAGACUCGUGGAAAUACUCCUCAGUACCAGGGAUCAGCUGGGAAUCUAUAAAGUUCCCGGCAUCAAAAUUCCUCUCCAUGACGGUGAGGACCCCCUCGGGACUGGAGGACAUCUUCCUUUUCCUCUUAGGGUUAGGAACCUCCUCCACCCCGUCAUCGACAUCAGGGGCAGGCGUCGAACCCCCGGUGCCUAUCACCUCGCGGAAGGGAGAAGCAUGAGCCGUUUUGUCACCCUCGACCUGGGGAGCUUGGGUCGAGGUCCCGGUCCCGUCGACCGUGGCCUCCUGCCCGGAAGUAGUUUUGUCCUCCGGCGGAAUUGUAGACUUCUCGGCGGCAGACUUCUCAUUGUCCCCUUCGUCGUCACUGGUGCAGAGGAAAGUUUGGAAUAAGUUGGGAAGGCCCGUCACCGACGCGGACAUCUCCACUGCAGGAAAGCAAAGAAGGUCGGUCAAUCGCCACAAAAUAUCAGUAAAAGUAAAAACGUAAAGGGUAAAGUAAAAGUUUUUCACAAAUAUAAUUACGACCGGCCUCCCGGUCACCCAUAAGGAGAUGGGGAUUUACUUGAUUCUUCCCAAAGACUGCCAUCAACACCUCGGCAAUCUGCCUAUCCACCGCCGACAUACCUCCAUAAGUAACCUUAAUAAAGGCGUUCGACCCUGCUCCGAAACUCCAAUAGGUCGGAAUAAGGCGUACCCCCUCUAAUGACAGCCAAAAGGGAUGAUGACCUUUGACAGGGCGGACCUUGAAAUAUUUGUCCUUAAACCCAUGAUAGGAAUCUUCAAACAAACCGAAAAUCCUCCGACCCUGGGCAGACCGGAAGGACAUGAACUCCUUUUUGUGUUUCCCCUCCUUUGAAGGGUUUGUGAGGUUGAAAAAGAAGAGAAAAACAUCUACAGACAUCGGCAGUUCGAGGUACUCACAAACCAUCUCGAAACAGCAGAUCGAGGCCCAACUGUUCGGAUGCAACUGCGACGGCGCCACGGAAAUUCGACUCAAAAGCGCCAUUUGAAAGUCUGAGAACGGAAUACGAACUCCGACUUGGGUGAACAUGGACUUGUAGAACCAAAUCCAGUCGGCGACUCGGGGGUGUUGGAAGUUGAUUUCAUACAAUCGCUUGUGAGGAGCCGGGACAAAAACGUCGUAAUUGGCUUCCUCGUCAGUCCCUCCACACAAGUAUUCGGCUUGUCGGAACUCGGUGAGCUCCUCCUCGCCCAUUUGGUUAGGCGAAUCCUUGACGUCGGAAACGACCCAAGCAUAGGGAUCGUACGCCGCGGGGUUAACGGAAGCCCGGGAAACCGUGCGAGCCAUACCUACAUGGGGGGACCAUCCAGUCAGUCUAAGAGAUCGGUUGCUCAGGCCGAAUACAGACACUACCCCCCACGACCCCCCGACUAAGACCAAACGAGACUAAAGCACGUAGAGGACAAGAAAAAAAACCUACCCUGGAAUGGUACUUUCCCCCCUAACACAUCUAGUCGCAAUUUAAAAGAUACGCAACAACAGCAAAAAACCAAACAACAAAAAUAAUGCAUAAAAGGGAGAAUGAUUCGAAAGUUACCUGAAUUAGUGGAAGGAGGACGGAACAGUUGAUAAAGUAAGGUGCGAAGGGAGAGGCACACAACAGCGCUGCAAAGAAAUGUUGAGGUUUGGGAGCGAGAAGAAGGUAGAGAAAGGAAGAAACAAAAGAAAGAAAGGAGUGCCAGAACUGGCCUGUUUAAAAACUACCCCCCCAGGAAGCGCGAAACGUCUGGGGGCAGAAUGGUCUUUUCAGCAAGGGUUUUCCACCCCAUUAUGAGCAUUUAAUGCUCGGCGCUGGAAACGAUGCGACAAAACGGUUGCUUAUACAACCAAAGGACACGCGCGUUAGGGGCAUAUCCUUGUCACGAACGGCCGACCAGACGAUCCCAAAUGAGUGGCGAGACAACACGCCAUUGAUAGCUCCCACAACUACCAUUGGCGCGUGGGGGCACUGUUACGGCCCGGCCCAAGGAACCGACGGGUCGAUCCGGCCCGAGCUCCACCCGACCCGGUUCCGCGUCCUUCAAACGACCCGGACACGUGUCCUAUGCGACCUACACGCGGCUGCAGGACAGCGUCCUUGAGAAUACGGGCCUGUCCUCAUGAGGGGCCCACUACUGAUAUGUAUAUAAAGGGAAGAUUGGCUCUUCCCCCGAGGUACGUCACCCCUUCCAUGUCAUUUUUCUCCCGCCUGCGCACUAGUUGACUUGAGCGUGGAGUGUCUUUGCAGGUGGCACCCCCCUCUCAUCACCUCUCCAGGACAAGUGCUCGUCUGCUCGGCAAACCCGCAACCAACGCGACCAAAGCUAAGGCGUCCUCACCCGUUCACUUGUACACCCGAUCUGUCCGGAACCCGACAUCCGAACAAUAUUUAAAUAAUGAUUGAUUUGAUAAUUAUUUUUUGUAAUAUUUCAGAUUAAAAAAACGUUUCAUAUAAAAUUAGAAUUUAAUUUAUCCUAUAUAAUAUAUUUCAUAAAAGAAAUUGUGUAUCACAAAACACAUACUAAUUCAAUGGUAGUUAGUUCUUUUUAGAAGUUAGAAGACUUUGAUUUGAAAGAUCAAGUUCUUCUAAAAUAAAAAAAUUAGUAAAAUAAAAAAAAAUUUAAAAUUUAAUUAUUUUAAAAUUAAAAUCAUAAUAUUCACACACAAUAACAAAUUAUAAAUUUAAUAGUCACAAAAAAAAAUUAUAAAUUUAAUAAUAGUUAAUAUUUAUUUUAUUAUUUUACAAUUUUCUUUGCUCUAUACACGAUGUUUUUCUUUGGUUUUUGGUUGUCAUGGUUUUCUUGGUUUGAAUUUGAAAUUGACGUAACAAAAAGGCUAGAGGAACUAUGUUUUUGUCAGUCCAGUUGUCCCAGUUCCAUUUUUUGGGCCUGAAAGACUCCUUCGGCUCAGUCGGCUCAAUAAUAUCUAAUUAUCCAAAAAAAACUUAUCAAAUUGGGUUGGUCUAGUGGUUAAUUUACUAGUCCGCAAAUGUCGGGGAUUUAAAUUUUGUCUGCUGCAUGCAGCAAUUUAUUGGCUAACAAUAAACUCUUAAAUGGAGCUCAGUACCAUGGCGAAGUUCAGUAUCGUGGCGGAUUAAUCUUUAAUCUGUCAAAUUGAAAGUUCCAUCGUUCUCUCGUGGCAGUUCCGUCUCAUUCUCUCGUAGCAGUUCCAUCUGCGUUCUCUCGUGACAGUUCCAUCUGCGUUCUCUCGUGGCAGUUUCGUCUGCCUUCUCUCGUGGCAGUUUCGUCUGUGUUUUCUUGUGGCAGUUUCGUCUGCGUUUCUUUCCGGCAGUUUCGUCUGCGUUUUCCUCAGAUAGCGGCAGUUUCAUCUGCGCUUCCUUCAGACAAGCGGCAGUUCCAUCUGCGCUUCUUUCAGACUAGCGACAGUUCCGUCUGCGCUUCCUUCAGACAAGCGGCAGUUUCAUCUGCGCUUCCUUCCGGCAGUUCCGUCUGCACCCGUUUUCUCAAUUUAUGCAGUUUGUUUCUCUUUAUUUCGUUAUUUUAAAUAAGUUUCAAACUCAAGUUGUCACUUAAGUUUGAGGGGGGAUGUUAGAAUAUAAUUAGGAUCAAUUAGGAUCAAUUAGCAUAUUUGGAUAUUUAUUAUAGGAUAUUAUGUCUUUAUUAUUACGAUUCUCAUAGCACCUAUAAAUACCCUUCUAUAUUGUAUUGUUCCAUACAACUUGAACACACUCAAUAAUACACAAAUCCUUUCUCCUAUUUAGUCUUUUGUUUCUAACAAAAAGGAAAUGCAAGGAAGUAUAUCAUGUGAUAAUGAACAUAUAGAGUAAUGUAUUGUAUGUAGAAGUGAAAUCUUUAGGAUAAAUCAAUGCAAUUUAGGAGAAUUCGAUGAAAAGAUAUCAAUUCAAAUCCUGGAUUUUUGAAUUGAGAGAUCAAGAAUU